UGAUAUUUUAAAGGAUGAAAAUAAACGAAAAAUGUAUGAUUUAACCGGUGACGCUCUAAGUUAAGGCCCAUAAGGAGAUUUUCAACGUUAAAAAUAAUAUUAAAAUACAAAUUAAGCUGAUGAUAUUUUCGGUGAUUUCGAAAAAGUAUUUAAUAUGUAAGGAUUUGGCCGUGUAUAGAAAGGGUAAGACAUCAUAGUAAACAUUGAUGCUUCUUUCUUAGAAGCCAUAAAUGGAUUCGAAAAAAAGGUUUCUUAUACUAGAAAAGGGGCAUGUAGUGUUUGUAAAGGCAGCAAAUGUAAAGAUGGCACUUCUCCUAUUAGAUGUUCGGCUUGUGCAGGGAAAGGAAGUGUAAAUCAUAGGUAGGGGCCUAUGACUAUUUAAAUGGCAUGCUCUAAAUGCAAUGGAGAAGGUUAGUUUAUUAAAUUUCCUUGUACUAAUUGUAAAGGAAGUGGUUUAAGUGUAAAUAAAUAUGAAGAAAAUAUUAAAAUUCCAAGAGGGGUUUAGAAUGGAUAAUCAAUUAAAAUUCCAAGAAAAGGAAACGAAAUCGAAGGUAAUGGAAUUCCAGGAGAUCUAAUUAUAAAAAUUUUGGUGAAAGAAGAUAAAUUUUUUCAAAGAGAAAAUAAUGAUAUUAUUAGUUAGCAUUUUAUAACUAUUUCUUAAGCGGUUUUGGGAACUAAAAUUUAAGUCAAAACUCUCGAUGGAACGAAAGAUUAAGAUAUUUAACCAGGAGUUUAACAUGGGGAUAGAAUUUGUAUUUAAAAUAUGGUAUUAUAUAUAUUUACAUAGUUUUUUGUUAUACUUUUUUUUUUAAAUUAAAAAAAGGGAGUUGAACUUGAUAGUGGAAAUAGAGGAAAUCAUUAUGUAGUUAUAAAAAUAAUAGUUCCUUAAAAUUUGAGUAGAGAAAUGAGAAGUUUAUAUGAAUAGUUAGCCUAAGUUGAACCGAAAGUAGAUUAGAAAAUUUAUGAGAAAAAAGAAUAAGAAGAUAAAUAAGAGGGGUAUUAAAAUUAGGACGAGAAUAAAAGUGAAAAUAUAUUCAACAAAUUUAAAAAAGUAUGGGGAAGUUGA